UAUACGUAGCUUUUUCCUCUCCUCCGAGGCAUUAGAUGGCGCUGUCAUGUACAAGAGUAUAAGAAUCAUACCAGAAGCAGGAACAAAAACUAGAAUACCAAACAACGAAACGCUGCCUUUUGUUGACCCAGCACUCCAGGCCAAAUGGCAGCAGCUUCUUCGUCGUCCUCCUCCGCUGGAGGGGUCAGCGGGAGCUCCGUUACUGGAUCUGGCUUUAGUGCAUCAGAGCUCAUUCCCCCUAGAAAAGUGCUCUACACAUACCCCAAAGGAGCUGGAGAGAUGAUGGAAGAUGGCUCGGACAGAUUUCUUUGUGAAUCUGUUUUCAGUUAUCAAGUGGCAUCAACUCUAAAACAGGUGAAACAUGAUCAGCAGGUAUCCCGUAUGGAGAAGCUAGCCAGCCUAGUGGAGGAGCUGGAGGCAGAUGAAUGGAAAUAUAAGCCCAUUGAACAGCUACUGGGUUUCACAACUUCAUAGCUAAAUCACUUGCUGCUCAUUUUAGUUUAUGAAUUGCAAUAAAUAUUUGUUUUAAAAACAGACACAUUUUUGUACAGUUUAUUUAUGUACAUUUACCGUAUUUUAAAUACAUACAUAGGCUGUAGAUUUAACUAUCGGGAUGCUUUAACAGAAUUAAAAUUGUAAAUGUAAAUAAACUUACCUAUGUUACAGAUCAUGUCACAGCAGAACUGAUUAUGUGUAAAAGUGUUGAUUUUUUAAUGGUAAAAUAAAACUGUUCUAUGCGAUUAAAAACCCUGCAAAUAUCAAGUAAUUUUAUUGAUGCCUUUAUCUAUUUGAAAUGUCUACAAAGUGAAUGGUUACAGCUGCAAUUCUAGAUAUUCUUUAAUAUUUAUUAAUAAAUAAAAUCAAGGUCAGUA